UAUUCUCCGCCUUCCUGAUGAUACUUUGUUGAAGGUUUUUUCAUACCUCACCUCUGUGGAAUUAUGGACGUCAUCCAAAGUGUGCAAGCGGUUUGAGAUGAUCUGUUUUGAUGUAUCUCUUGUCAGACAUACCUGUUUUGAGGCCUCUUAUCAGUUGAGUGAUGAAAUCUUGACUGGAUAUUUGUCCGCAGCCAGUACGAGGAUAGAAAAUCUCAAUUGUAAUCAUUGCUAUUGGCUGAGUGGACAGGUGUUACAAAGCACACUUCGUCAGUGCAAAAACUUGCACACCUUGUCUGUGAUAGACUGUAACUUAACACCGAAGCGCUUGUGUGGAGUUGUGGCAAGGCUAGAGAAAUUGGAGAGACUCUCUUUUUCCGUGGUUGCAAUUCGUGACUUCUGCGUGGAGUUUGCCACUUCACCUGGUGCUCAAGAACGUUUUCGACAGCUGAAGGAGCUUGUGAUUCAUUUCAAACGCGGAUGGCGUGGAGUGCAGGAUUUUACAAUUUCCAUCAAUGUUGUCCAACAGACCACAUUUCUUGAAUUCUGCGAAAACUUGGAGAAACUGUCUGUAAUUGGAGCACCAAAUAGCUUUCCAAAAGAUUUGCUCCGUCCGCAGAUUGAGAAUUUUUAUUGCCUCAGAAAACUGAAAGAGGUAGGAAUUAAUGACAAGGUGGAUCCUGCAGCCCGUCUGUUCUUUUUUGGCAUCCUAGGCCAGUUGCGUGACCAUGACAUUUCAUUCAAGACGGUCCUUAUUCCGGCUGCAAACUUUGCUCAGCUUCAGAACCGUGCUGAGUUCAGGAACUGUUUUCGAUACUCCUCGGAACUGUGUUAUUUGAAUCUGUCUAGGAUUCAGGCAGAUAUUAUGUCAGUGACCAGCCCUGUGCCAUCCAUUUCUCAAGGUCCCAGGCUGCUUUAUCUCAACAUUUCCGACAACUAUAAGGCAGACAGCAGUCAGUUGAAAACGAUUGCGGAAUGCUGCCCGAACUUGAUAAGCCUGAAUCUACAAAACUGUCCAUAUAUAUUGAUGAAUAGUCAAACAGGAAAGAUGGAAACGUGUGGAAUCGAGGCUCUUGUGAACAGGUGUUCAAGUCUGCAGGACUUUAAUCUCAGUGGCGUUCACGUUCAUUCUGUAGAUGGACCUCAUCCUGUCCAGACCUUGUGCAGCCUCGUCUCUCUCCUUAAAGGCUUACAAAGACUGGCUCUUCCAGCAUGCUGUUUGUGCACCCCUGAAACAGAAGAGGCCAUUCCCACCACACUCGUCGGGAAGAAGAAGGUGCGUGUGUCUUACAGUGCCCCCCAGGGCUUUGGGAAGAGACGGCGACUAGGUUUGGAUUCAUCCUCUCAGUCACAGGCCUCAACAUCAGAUGGUUGGUUUCAUGAAUCACAGGAAAGAAGCUAUGAGCUAAACCACCUAACAUCGGGAUGCCCAAAUAUACAACAUUUUGAGUUGAUCGGGGCCGGGUUCAGGUCCGUCUUCAACAGUUUGGUGCCCAUCAACUUUCGACGACACAGUUACACAGCUUGUGCGGAGGCCCACACAGUGUCUGAUGAUGACCUUAUGCCAAUAUCCAAAUGGAGACAGCUGACCUCUCUUCAGUUAUCAGGACUCCCAGGGAUGUUGCACGGUAAGAGCCUGGUUCACAUUGCCCGCGGCUGUCAGAAGCUGGAGUACCUCAGGCUGGCGUUCUUGGGUUCAGGGGCCCACUGGGGAUAUCUGCCCACACUUUGUCAGGCGUUGAGGGAGAUGAACAAUCUUAAAGACUUCAGGCUGGAACAACACAAUGUUACACUUAACGCCAUCUUUUUUGAGGCCCUUGCGACUUGUCAGAAGUUAGAACGACUUUGUGUAGUAUCUCAAAAUGGCACAUUAACCGCAGCAGCCCUAGAAACCUGCAUAGAGAAGAUUUCAUCCUUGGUAGUCAUACAGCUUUUCACUGGGGCGACACUGACACUGUCCAAGAAACUACAGGCUGAUUUGAUCUCCAGGUACAGCGUCAGUAGACCAGCUCUGAGUGUGGUUAUUUACCCCGCAGCCCAUGAUGAACUGCCCAACAUGAUACGAGGGAUUCCAGCCAAACACUACGACAGUUUUCUCUUACUCGACUCGCAUGUGGCAACAAAACCAGCCGACUGGUGACAAGUUAACAUUCAAAAUGUCAUAGGAAAGAAAUUUAGAGAUGAAAAGUCAGCAGGAGUGAGAGAAAUCAGGGAGGGAUUACUGUUAAGGAGAGGUUAC